AUUUCCAAAUUCUUCCAGACACUCAUGGCAAAAUCGCACACGAUGAUCCACAAGCAUACAUAUCUCAUUUACGACUAUGACAAGCCUCAUGACCCCACAGGAUCCAUCGAGAUCCUCGCUUUGUCUUCCAUCCUUACCAACGUCGAGUUGCUUGUGCGCACAAAUCCACUCAUUCGCGAAGCAUUCUGCGAAGCCCUGGCUCUUGAAGACGAUGAUGAUGAGGGUGGCUUUAGCCUAGCCGAGAUUCUUAGGGAUCUUUUCAACUCUGAUGUUCGCGGUGCUGUCGGUAUCAUGCCGCUGGAGGAUAUGUUUGGUCUUACCUAUCGCUUCCCACUGGGUACCCCAAGACUCUUCCUCUCAUACGAUAUGGCGAUGGCUCUGAGUGAAGUAGACAUUUCCAAAAAGCUGGGCAUGCACGACUUCAAUCUCGUCGCUAACGUCGGUCUUACUCUUCUACAUGAGUUGGCUCAUUGGAUUCGCGCAAUGCUAUACGGCGUCGAGAGCACUCCCCCUGGCAUCGUAUAUCCAAGGACAAUCACAAGCGAAUGGUCUCCAUGGUUCCAAAACCAAGCCGCAGAGGCUGGUCUCGCUGUGGAAGCUCGAAUCAUUGGUGGUCUUUUAUAUCCAAUAUAUCGGGCAGGCUAUGAGGGCGAGUACACCAAAAUUGAGAGCUUCUACCUCAUUCGGGAGGUGAAUGGUGUAUAUUACAAUUCCACUGCGUUCGGCGUCGAUCCUCUUUACAUCAUGAAGCUCGCAUAUGUAUUUCUAGGCCGAUCAGAUAUACCCCUUCAUCUUGUAUCUCUGCAAAUCAAUGUCGCCGAAGACUUAACAGAUGUAAGACAAUCCAAGAGACACCCUGAUCAAUGGCCGAACGACUGCAUAAUGAAGGAAAAGGACGGCGGGUUGUGGCUCGAAUGGCAGGGGAUAGAGAUCGGGUGCAUGUUGGUUGGUGAUAUCGACGAACACGUUUUCAACAAAUGCAACACACGAGAUCAGUAGUCUAUGUAUAUGGUGACCCGUCUUUAUAUCUAUUUAUGUUUCAUUGUCCGUGCUCUCUACCACUACACUAUUUUAUUUCGUUGCAGAUUCACCCUCUCGACGCUGGCAAGUCCUUUGUUCACGAAAUGCAAACAUACUAGAUCAAUUAUGGAGAGUUGCACAUAAUAUCGAUACGGCGUCAACCCACUGUCUGCCAUAAUAUAAGCCCACAGUUCGA